AUGAUCAAUACAUCGUUUAUUCAAGAAUUGAUGACAUCGUUUCAGCGAUUGACUUUACAUUUGGAUACUCUUAGAUUUGUACUUAUCAAUAUUGAUAUCAAGACAGGUUUAUGGGUAUGUUUGUGUCACUGUUCAUCAUCAUGCCCAAUAGAGGUUGACAGGUUAAAAUGCCGCUUCAAUGAAUACAAUUGGCCGCCGGGUCGAUCAGUAGUAGAUGCAAGAGCCACAGAACUUUUACAUAUUUACAUCUAUGACUAUUGCAAGAAACACAACUUUCAUCAAGCAGCUCGAUCAUUUGCCGCAGAAGCUAACGUGUCCACUGAACAACAACCUCCUAUUGAUAUUGCAACGGGAUUUCUGGCUGAUUGGUGGGGUGUAUUUUGGGAUGUAUACCAUGCAAAAAAUAAGGAUGCUCAGGCGACCAAAGAAGCCGGAAUCCACGAUGAAUACCAUGAAUUAUUACGUAACAGGAAAGAAGAAGUACUCCAACAGCAACGUACUUUCAGUAUGCAACAAGCACCGCAACAACAACAACAACAACAACAACAACAACAAUCACAACAACAACAAGCUGGUCAGUCACGAGACCAUCGUCCUUCACCAGCAAGUAGUACAGCGUCUUUACCAAAUACUGGCAGUAUGCCUCCACCAAAUAACAACACCCCAACGACUGGAAAUACCAAUACAAACUCUAUGGUCAAUACACCUCAAACCAUAUCAGCAUCUUUACCCCAACAACAUGUUGCUGGCAGGCUUAAUGCACCAUCACCAUCUUUUUCUCCACAACAAAUGCAACGUCCUGGUGUAGCUGGUGGAAAUGAAGCAAUAACUGGUCAUCCUGAAGGAAUGAUGAACUCUCCCAUGGUCUCUGCUCAAGGCAUCCCAAUGAAUCCACAAGGUCAAAUGAUGAUGGGUCAACGCCCGAAUGUUGGUAUACAAAAUCCUGUUGUUAUCAACAGUAUGAAUGCCUUAGGCUUUGGUGGUCGUGAUCCUCAAUCAUUAACUCCAGAAGAAAGGGCUUCUGUUCAAUUACAUAUUCGAAGAAACAUUCAUAUAAAUCAACAAGGGAUAAUGCGAAAUCCAAAUAUGAUGCAAGUUACAAAUCCUGCUCAAGCUAGACUGCAAAUGCAACAGCAACCUCAGACACAACAACUUCAACAAGGCCAACCUUCUAUAUCAUCUCAACAAGGUCCUCAACAAGGUCCACAACAAGGUCCACAACAAGGUCCUCAACAAGGUCUACAACAAGGUCCACAACAAGGUUUACAACAAGGUCCUCAACCCGUACCCAACCAGGCUCAUCCUCAAACUGUUACUCAACAACAAAACAUACCACCUUCUGCUCAACAAGGUCAACAAGGACAACAACAUCCGAUCUCGGGAAAUCAAGCGGACAAUCGAACCAAUCCUAUGAGUCAAGCAGGAAAUGGUCCUAGAACACCUGGAAAUAUGGCUCCCGUUGGAGUUCCUGCGUCUGCGGCUCCCGGUCAAAUGCCUGGCAAUAUGCAAAAUCCAAAUAUGAUGGCUGGUCAAUUUGCUGGUGGUGAUGCGGCGAUGAACAUGAUGUUGGCUCAACAAAUGAUGAAAAAUGGACAAAUGGCAGGACUGACCCCACAGCAACAACAACAACAGUUUCUGGCUCAACAACAACAUCAACGUAUGUUAUUCAAUCAACGAAGGAUGAUGCAACAACAACAGCAACAACAACAACAGCAAAUGCAAGGAGGACAAACACCACCCAAUCCGAACAUGGCUAGUCCUAAUCCUUCAGUACCAAUGGGUGCUGGUUCACCGCAAGAUCAAGAAAAAAAUCGUACACCCUUGGCACUUUAUCAACGACGGCAGAUGCAUUAUAUAAUGCAACAGCAACAUCAGGAUCAACAACGACAACAGUAUGCUCAACAACAUGGUCAAGCUCAGCAACAAGCACAACAACCACAACCUCAUCCUAGCAAACGCCAACGACCAAAUCCUGAAGUGGAAAAUCAAAAUGGACCUCAAAAUCAAUCUCCUCAAAUGGGUAUGCCAUCACCACAUGUCAUGAAUGCUGCUCAAACUCCACAAAAUACCAAUAAUCUUCCUGGAUCAGCGCAAGCAUCACCAGUCAUGUCUAUGCAACAAAGACUUUCACAACAGCAACAUCAACAACAAUCAUCAUUUGGUCAAGAUCAAAGUGCCAAGCCUAGUCAGUCUCCUCAAAUGAAUCGAAAUAUGGCUAAAUCACAAACACCACAACAAACACCGCAGUCAUUACCAGUACAAGGAACACCAACAUCUUCACAACAACAACAACAACAACAACCGCUACCACCCCAACAAGGUAUACCACCAGCAGCUACAAGAAUGGGAUGGAAUCCGUCAACUCAAGGUGGUGCUAAUGAUAUGCAAUCUCCUGGUAUGAUGGAAGGCGAUCAAUCUCCUGCAACACAAGUAGUACCAGCUCAGACAGCAGUAACACCUGGUGGAAGUGGCAACAUGAUGAACAAUGGCAACAAUAUGAUAUCGUUUGAUUUGGAAAGAUUCAUGAUGAGUGAUGGUGGUGAUUUUGGUGAAAUAUUUACAGCAGGUGAUGACGGUGGAGAACACAAUCUUUUGAUGAGUGGCGAUAACAACGAAAUGUUUGGUGGUGGAUUCUUGGCAAGCAUGGGAGGUGGUUUUGGUGGCGAUUCGACUUCAUCAUUAUCUGUGGAUAAUACUACUACUUUGCAACUUGUAAGCGAAUUGACAGGACACAACAGCAAGGUAUCAACGGUAGCAUUCUCUUUGGAUGGUCAAUGGUUGGCAAGUGCUGGACAUGAUAAGAAAGUAUUGAUUUGGGGUGUACAAGAAAAACGACUUCGAUGGACACUAGAAGGUCAUACAUCACAUAUUACCUGUGCUCGAUGGAGUCCUGAUCAACGACAAUGGCUGGUGACAAGUUCUUAUGACAAGACUUUACGUGUAUGGGACUUGGGACAAGCAAUCAAAGAAGGUGGUAGCAACGGUAGUGGUAAUACAACUGGACAGAAAACCGAAGUCAAACAAAUUGCCAAAUUUGAAUGUAAAGCACAAAUUACAGCAGUAGAUUUUGCAUCAGAUCGACCAGAUACUAUAUGCUCAUUGGAUGCUGAAGGUGAACUCAACGUAUGGCAAAUUUCCUCAUCAAAAUGUGAAAAAACAAUCAAGAUGGCAUCAUCCAAAUCCUUAUUUGCAGCUAAUCCACUUCGAUUCCAUCCUCGUUUGGGCAAGAUUCUUGCAUGUGCAGCGGGUAAUCAACUGUUUGUGAUCGAUAUUGAUGCAGCCAAGAAUAAUGCAUCUAGCGCGGAUACCACGGCGGUACGAACGAUCAACACAGAACACUCAAAGAAUAUUUGUAGUUUGGACUGGUCUACGGAUGGAAGUUAUUUGGUGGCAUCAUCUGAAAAUGCGGUGAUGGUGUACGAAACUGGACAAUGGAAAAUGAUGAAUUUACAUACAGCUACGGACAAGAUCUCAGCAUGUGCGUUUAUCAUGCCUAGUAGUACUGCAACAACGGAUUCAACAACAGAUGGAUUAUCACAAUCAGCAGCAAACAAUAAUAAUAAUAAUGGUAACAAUGCUUCGACUGUGACUGGUGCGGAAAAAUUACGGGUAGUCUAUGGUGGUUAUGAAUCGAUCUAUGUAUGGCAAUGCAGCGUAUCUGGAUCACAACCAAAACGUGCCGGUACACAAUCGGGAAUGGUGGCAGGAUUGGCUUCUAUCAACAAUAAUGGACAAACUAUUGUGGCGUCUGCAAGUCAUCACAAGGAAAAGAAUUUGAUUUUUCAUACUUUCAUUCAUUUCCUUUCUCUUUCUCUUCUCGUACUUGUCCUAUUGAAGUUGAUCCUUUCUGUCCAGUUGAGUGUGAUUAUUCAGUUGUAUCUACUCAGUUGUACGUUCAUUCCAUUGAUCCUACUUUAUAUCCUAGUUGAUCCAGUCAUACGUACAUCUAUCAAAAUAGUUCCCACUACGAUUGGUCCCCGUUCCAUCAUGAAGUCUAGAAAAGAUCUAACUUCGCAAUAA